AUGAACAAGGAUUACAUCAAUAAAAAUAUUACGAACUCCACAUUUAACUCUCGAAAAUCAAGAAGAGUAUUUAUUGUGGAUAAUACAUCCUGCCAUGAAGUGGAAACCAAUCAGAUAAUUAAAAAUAAAGAAUAUGGAUUAUCGCUUAGAUGCAGUGCUCAAGAAGAUCUCCAAGGAAACAAUGCACACAACUGUAACAAAGGAAAUACAUCACAAGAAUAUCAGUUUAAAAAGAAUGGCUCUAAUUCAAGUUUCGCAGUGGACGUUGGAGAUUAUGGAAGUAAUCUUACUGAAAAAAAUCUUACGUUCAAAGCUGUCGUAGCGAUGUUUUUUAAAAGAUCAUCUAUUUAUGCUUUAAAUCAAAUUGCCAAUUCUAAAUCAACAGGGCGUAAAUUAUUAUGGGGUAUUAUUAUGAUUGGAGGACUCUUUGGCUGCAGUUCACAAAUAUUACGCUACUUAGCAGCUUAUGCCAAAUAUCCCGUAGUUGUUAAUAUUAAUUCAAUAAGUGAAUUUAGUUUAACCUUCCCUGCAAUUACUAUCUGUAAUUUUAAUGCGAUACGAAAACCUUUUGUAUCUUGUUUCAUUGAACAACUUAGUUAUGAACUAUGCAAUGAAACCAUGUCUUCGAAUAAAUCAGAAGUUGAAUUCAUGUCUCGUAUCAAGCAACCUAGUUGUAUUGAAAAUAUUAAUAAGAAAUUAAGUCCAGUAAUUUUAAAAAGGGUGCAGUUUCUUACUAUAUAUUCAAAAUUGAAUGCAGCAACCCGACAUCAUUAUGGACAUCAAAAGCCAGCAUUUAUCAGGUCAUGUUCCUUCAGAGGAGAAGUCUGCUCACAUGCUAAUUUCACUUUAUAUCAAGACUCUAUAUAUGGAAAUUGUUACACAUUUAACAAAGCCAAUGAAAGCAAACCUCCGUUGAAGACUUCUGAUAUAGGGCCAGACUAUGGACUGAAUUUAGAAUUGAAUUUAGAAAUCAGUGAAUAUAUUUGGAUGACGGAAAGAGUGGGGGCGCGAAUUGUUAUUCACGAUCCAUUCAACGAACCAGAUCCACAUGAAGAUGGAUUAAACGUAAGCCCUGGAUUCGAAACGUCAGUAGCUAUCUCUAAAGUCUCUUUCCGGAGACUGCCGCAUCCAUAUAAAGACCAGUGCAUCCAUUAUCAGCCAGGAAAUAAUCAACGGAAGUGUGAGAUAGAUUGCGUUAAGAAAAUAACUUAUUCCACUUGUUCAUGUGCUAUACCAUUCUAUGAUAAUGCAGACAAUAUCCGAUACUGUGAUUUUGAUAAUGAUACAGAAGUUUGCUGUAUGUACAUUAAGAAAACUAAAGCUGAAUAUGACUGUCAGUGUUCGUUAGCUUGUGAAAAUUCGCAUUAUGAGAUGCAGAUCUCGAGUGCUGUGUGGCCUUUAGACGUUUAUAGGAAUGUAAGAUAUAAGGAAAACAAAACAGGAUCGGCAAAUGGAUUACUACAAGAGUCAGUAUCAGAGGAAAAGCUUCGAAAAACUAGGCUUAAAGUGAAUAUUUAUUACGACACUUUAGAGCACUUAAUAUAUCAGCAGAAACCGAUGUUUGAAGAUUCUGAAGUGUUAAGUCAAAUAGGAGGGCCAAUUGUUUGA